GCAGGUGGUGUCUGAGGAGGCACUUGCAGAAUCGAGAAAAUUCUUAUUGCGAAUCGGGGUGAGAUUGCCUGCAGGGUAAUGCGGACAGCAAAGAAGUUGGGUGUUCGUUCUGUUGCUGUGUACAGUGAAGCAGACAAAAAUUCCAUGCAUGUCACAAUGGCUGACGAAGCUUACCACAUAGGACCAGCAGCCUCCCAGCAGAGCUACCUAAAUGUGGAAAAGAUAAUCCAGGUAGCUAAAACAGCAGCAGCCCAGGCCAUCCACCCAGGCUAUGGAUUCCUUUCUGAGAAUACAGAGUUUGCAGAACGAUGUAAAAAGGAGGGCAUCAUUUUUAUUGGACCUCCUUCUUCAGCCAUUCGAGAUAUGGGCAUCAAGAGCACUUCGAAAGCCAUAAUGUCAGCUGCUGGGGUGCCUGUCGUUAAGGGUUACCAUGGUGAUGAACAAUCUGAUCAACAUUUAAUGGAGGAAGCCAGUAGAAUUGGUUAUCCUGUGAUGAUAAAAGCAGUUCGUGGUGGAGGUGGCAAGGGUAUGCGCAUUGCUCAAACAAAGGCUGAUUUCCUUGAACAGUUGGAAUCUGCGCGGAGAGAAGCAAGGAAGUCCUUCAAUGAUGAUGUUAUGCUGUUAGAAAAGUUUGUUGACAACCCAAGACAUGUAGAAGUACAAGUGUUUGGAGACCAGUAUGGCAAUGCUGUUUAUUUGUUUGAGAGAGACUGUUCUGUACAAAGAAGACAUCAAAAAAUUAUUGAAGAAGCACCUGGGCCUGGAAUUAGCCCUGAGGUGAGGAGAAGACUUGGCGAAGCUGCAGUCCAAGCUGCUAAAGCUGUCAAUUAUGUAGGAGCUGGGACAGUGGAAUUUAUCAUGGACGCUCAGCAUAAUUUUUAUUUCAUGGAAAUGAACACAAGAUUACAAGUGGAGCACCCAGUCACUGAGAUGAUAACAGGAACUGAUCUUGUUGAAUGGCAACUUCGGGUUGCGGCUGGAGAGGAACUUCCUUUGACACAAAAGGAACUCUCUGUUCAAGGUCAUGCAUUUGAAGCAAGAAUAUAUGCAGAAGAUCCAAGUAAUAACUUUAUGCCAGGAGCAGGGCCUUUAAUCCAUCUGUCAACACCAGUACCAGAUACUUUUACAAGAAUUGAAACUGGAGUCAAACAAGGUGACGAAGUCUCUGUGCAUUAUGAUCCAAUGAUUGCCAAGCUGGUGGUUUGGGGUGAUGACCGUACAGUGGCACUAAAUAAAUUAAAAUAUUGCUUGCAUCAGUAUAAUAUUGUAGGCUUAAACACCAACAUAGAUUUCUUACUCAACCUUGCUGCUCAUCCUGAAUUUGAAGCUGGAAAUGUGCAUACAGACUUUAUCCCUCAACACUAUGAUGCAUUGUUCCCAACAAAGAAAGCAACUAGUAAAGAUGUCCUGUGCCAGGCAGCACUUGCUUUAAUACUGCAUGAAAGGAUUCAGACUAACAAGUUUAAGGCAUUUUCACAUGAUCCAUUUUCACCAUUUUCAAACAGUAGUGGCAGGCGAUUGAAUAUUCUGUACAGCAGGAAUCUUGUGUUGCUUGAUGGGCAGAAUAAGGUGAAUAUGGAUGUGUCAUAUAACCCUGAUGGGACUUACAGUAUUCAGGUUGAUGGAGAGGUAUUCCAUGUAUUUGGAAAACUGGAGAAGGAGGGUGAAGCUACAUACCUGAAAUGUUCAGUCAAUGGAAUGGUUUCCAAGCCUAAAGUAGUUCUUACAGACAACACUAUUCACCUGUUUUCAAUGGAAGAAUCUGUGCAAGUUAAUACCCCUGUGCCAAAGUAUUUAGUUGGAAUUGAUGCCUCUGGAUCUCAGGGAGGAGCAGUUGCACCAAUGACUGGAACUAUUGAAAAGGUGUUUGUUAAGGAAGGUGAUCAUGUCAAGGCUGGAGAUGCGCUAAUGGUAAUGAUAGCCAUGAAAAUGGAGCAUACA